GCAAACGUGUCAUUGGACCGUUCAUCGUCGUUAACUCAAGUCCUCGCCGCGUGGGAUUAUAACCCCUUUCCCUAGUCCGGCAAAGCCCUCCUCUUCUUCAAUCGAAUUCUCAGGCUCUCAGCUCCCUCACCGCCGUUGUCCACCGUCGCCGGCAUAUUCCGGUACUAACGUAAGAAAAAAAGUACAAAUGAAAUAAACAUACAAGGCGAAAAAACUGAAAACGAUCCAAGCCGAAUCAUAGCAAUGGGGAGACCCAAAGGAGAUGGAGCUAGAAGCAAGUCGCGUCCCUCUAGCAGCAGUCUAGCUGCGUCUCUACUGCCACAAGGUGCAACAACUGUAGGGUUCGGUGGCUUCGUAGGUAGUUCCCGCGUCGAGUCUUCGUUGCCAUCCGAAGACGCUGCUCCUUUCCUGGAUGUUGACAGUGAAGUAGCACAGCACUUGAAAAGGCUUGCUAGAAAGGACCCUACCACCAAACUCAAAGCCUUGACAUCACUGUCUCAGUUGUUCAAACAGAAAACUGCAAAGGAGAUAGUACCUAUCAUUCCACAAUGGGCAUUUGAAUACAAGAAGUUGUUGCUGGAUUACAAUCGAGAGGUUCGGAAGGCGACUCAUGAAACCAUGACUAAUCUUUUCAAUGUUGUUGGAAGAGACUUGGCUCCACACUUGAAGUCUUUGAUGGGACCAUGGUGGCUUUCUCAAUUUGAUUCAGCCAUUGAAGUUUCUCAAGCAGCAAAACGCUCAUUUCAGGCAGCUUUCCCAACACAUGAAAAGAGACAAGAUGUUUUGAUUUUAUGCAUAUCUGAGAUAUUUAUUUACAUAGAAGAGAAUCUGAAGCUUACUCCUCAGAGUAUGUCCGAUAAAAUGACAGCACAAGAUGAAUUGGAAGAGAUGCACCGGCAGGUAAUUUCUUCAUCACUGUUGGCACUGGCUACCAUUCUUGAUAUUGUGGUCAGCAUGCUGUCUGAAAGGCCUGUUUCAGAAGCUGAGUCAAAACGAGUAAUGAAAGCCAGGGGAAUAGCUAUCUCUUAUGCUGAAAAGUUGUUCUCCGCUCAAAAGUAUUUUCUAGAGUUCUUUAAGUCUCAAAGCCCUGCAAUUAGAUCAGCUGUGUAUUCAGUGAUAAGAAGCUACAUAAAAAAUGUUCCUAGUGUUAUUAAUGAAACAAACAUUAAAAACCUUGCACCUGUGAUACUGGGUGCUUUCCAGGAAAAGGAACCUUUGUGUCAUUCAUCAAUGUGGGAGAUGAUUUUACUGUUUUCUAAGACAUUUCCCAACAGUUGGACAAAUCUUAAUGUCCAAAAAAAUGUUUUAAACCGGUUCUGGCAGUUUCUAAAGAGUGGUUGUUUUGGAUCCCAACAAGCAUCUUACCCUGCUCUUAUUCUAUUUUUAGAUGUUAUACCUCCUAAAGCUGUUGUAGGGCAGAAAUUUCUACUUGAGUUUUUUCAAAAUCUUUGGGCAGGAAAAAGUUUUUGUCAUUCAAGUAUAGAUCGUCAAGCUUUGUUUCAUGCCAUAAGAGAGUGUCUCCUUUGGGUCUUCAGAAAUGCUUCAAGAUAUUGUGAUAAAGAGGGUGCCAUAAGUAAUUUCCAUGGCAGUCUAACUGAUCAGAUCCUUCUUAAGCUCCUUUGGCAUGAUUACCUGCUUUUUGAGAACUCAAAGGAUAAAGAUGAAUCUUCCUCGGAUUCAUCUUUUAACCAGGGAUCAACACUAGUUCUUAACACCAACAGUUCAGUAGGCUAUUUGCAGGAUCUUGGGAAUUGCAUUAUUGAAAUUCUGUCAGGGAUCAAUUCCCUUGAACAUAAUAUGCUCUUGCUUUUCUCUUCUGCAUUUCAAGAGACCUGCCUGGGUAUAUUUCAGUUACCAGAGAGCUCUAUUAAGGAUGUAGAGCAGAUAAAAAGAGUGACUGAGUUCUUGUUAUUACUGGACCAGCAAGUAGUGCGGAAGGGUGAAAGUUGGCCUUUUUCUGAUUUGGUGGGACCAACUUUGGUGAAGUGUUUCCCUUUGAUAAAGAAACAUGAUUCCCCAUAUGCAGUUAGAUUCAUGGUGGCUAGUGUCUAUAUAUUUGGUCCACACAAGAUAGUUGAAGAACUUUUGUGUACAAAGCUGGGAAAGGAAGAGUUUUUGCAUGCUUUCAAUGAAACUUUUAUUCCUUGGUGCUUACUAGAUCACAGUCCUUCUAUUGGCUCUAGACUGGAUCUCAUUCUUGCAUUACUUGAUGACCAAUGCUUCUCAGAACAAUGGGAUAGUAUUAUUGUUCAUGCAACAAAUCUAGAACAACUUAAAAACACAGAUAAAAAUUUGGACUUUGACAACAUAUCUGUGUUAGCUAUGCUUUUGGAGAAAGCAAGAGAGAGAAUUCAAAGUAUCUGCUAUCAGCAAGGCCUGAGUGCAGCACAUUGGCAUCAUAAACUUUUGGAUUCUACUGCAAUUGCAGUUGCCCGUGAGUUUCCUUCUUUUGGAGCUGGUAGUGCUCGUUUUGUGUGUGCUGCUCUUGGUGGGUUGGUAGGAGAUGGUGGAACUUCCUUCCUGUCCAGGGAUGCAACUAUUAUAAUAUUUGAGGAAAUUCUUAGAAAGUUGAUGAUUUUCGUGAAAGAUUCUUCCUUUACAUGGGUUAAAGAUGCAUAUUCCUUGAUAACCAUCAAACAAAAUGAGUCUGAGAUGGGAUUUGAAUCUUCUAUGAAUGUGCUUGAUAUGGCUCAUUUUGCACUAGAAGUACUUGAUGUCAGUUUCUUUUGGUUGAAGCUUUUAGCUGAUGAGGGUUGGUUAGUUUCAGGAAUAUUAUCUGCAGUUUUUGUGAUUGAUUGGGAAUGUAGCUUGGUAACUGUGUGCCAUGAUGAAUUUGGUGAAGAUAAUAAACAAAAUAUCAAAACAAGGUUGAGUUCCUGCAAAUCUGUGAAUGUUACCCGCAGCCAUAUUGACUGCCAAUUCUUGAGGAGCCUUGGCACGAGUAUCCAGAAUAAUCUUGAAAACAUUUUGAUUCAGUCUGUAAGGAAUGCUGUCCUUAAGGAAGAUAACUUAGACCUGGAGAAAAUCACAUCUCUAUGCUGCAAUUGGAUUGGUGAACUUCUUGAAUGUCUAUGUCAAGAGCAAUCUGAGGAACAGAAGUUGUUUGACAAGCUUCUACUCCAGAGUGAUUCAUGGCCUAAAUGGGUUCUGCCAAAUUUUAACUCAGGAGAAAGAACAGCCUGUUUGAAAUGUGAAAAUGUUUCUUUUAAUGCACAGGCCUCUGAAGACCACAGGCUUGUUUCAUUAAUUGACAAGCUUGUAUCGAAAUUUGGCUUUCACAGAUUUAUUGGGGGUUCUGUCCUUCCUUCAUGUUCAACAGAGUUGGCUCACACUGAGCUGACCACCACUGAUUCUCAUUAUUCACGUGCCUGGCUGGCUGCAGAGUUAUUAUGCACAUGGAACUGGCCUAGCGGCAGUGCUUUGAGUUCUUUCUUACCUUCCUUAAUUACUUAUGUGAAGAGUGAGAGUUACUCUCCUGAAGAUGGCUUGUUAGAUUCCAUUGUCACAAUCCUUCUUGAUGGUGCACUUGUCCGUGGAGGAAGUUGUGGGCCAAGUCUAUGUAUCUUAUGGCCUAUUACACUUGAUGAGGUGGACAGUCUUGCAGAACCAUUCUUGAGAGCUCAUGUGUCUUUACUGCUUACUCUUUUUGAAGAAAAUAUAUGGGAGAAGGACAAAGCUAUCUUUUACUUUAAACUGCUUUUAACUAAACUGUAUAUUGGUGAAACAAUAAAUGCAAAUUGCUUGAAGAUACUUCCAUCAAUUGUUGACGUCCUCAUUAGGCCCUUGAGUAUUAUAUUUGAGCAAGAUGAUGUAAUAAAGCAGCCUGAUUCUUCUAAGGGCAGUGAAGUGCAAGAGGUGUUGAUGGACUGGCUCAAGCGAACUCUAUUGUUUCCACCAUUAAAUGUAUGGCUAACAGGAGAAGACAUGGAAGAUUGGUUCCACCUGGUGAUGUCCUGUUACCCCAUAAGAGGUGUGAGAGGAGAGAAACGGUUAAGCACUGAAAGACGUGUUAGCUCUGAGGAGAAGAUGCUUUUGAUUGAAUUAUAUCGGAAACAAAGAUUGAAUUCCGGUGCAUCAUCUUCUGUGAAUAAGCUGCCAGUUGUGCAGAUUUUGUUAUCAAAGUUAGUUCUGGUUUCAGUUGCUUACUGUUGGCAAGAAUUUGAUGAAGAAGAUUGGGAUUUUGCUUUAUAUCAUUUGAGGCGUUGGAUUGAACUGGCAGUUGUUAUGAUGGAGGAAGUUGCCGAGAAUGUAAAUGAUGCUAUAGCUCAUACUUCUAGUUCCAGCAACUUAGAAAUGACAUUGGAGAUGCUUGAAAGUACUGUCUCUGUUAGAGAUCCUAUUCCUUUAAAACUUGCUAGAAAUGCUCUUGUUGGUUUCUCCCUAUUUUGUGAAGUCAUUGAACUCCAAAAGAAAGAGCACGAAGAAAAUUCUCAUUCCUUGAUAGAUAAAUGGGAGAUAGUUGUAGACAGGAUUUUGGAAGGGAUUCUUCGUUUAUUUUUUUCCACAGCUGCUGCUGAGGCAAUAGCAAGUUCUUAUUGUGCUGAAGCUUAUUCCAUUAUAACAUCCUCUCGGCUUUAUCACUCUAAAUUUUGGGACUUAGUUGCUUCACAUGUUGUCAAAUCCUCUUCACAUGUGAGAGAGAAGGCUGUGAAAUCAGUUGAAAUUUGGGGGCUAAGUAAAGGGCCAAUUAACUCUCUUUUUGUGCUUCUUUUUUCUCCCAAGCCACUUCCUUCCCUGCAGUUUGCUGCUUAUGUUAUUCUUUCUACAGAACCUGUAUCACACUUAGCUUUUGGCACUUUGAGGAAAGAAAGUUCAUCAGAUGAAGAUGCUUCCAAUAACCAGGAUUACCGCAGUCCUGAACCGUUUGCUGAAGAGAACAUUCAUCUUAGGGAAGAAAUUUCCUCCAAGCUGGAAAACUUUCCAACUGAAGUUCUUGAAAUGGAUUUACUGUCAUCUGAACGGAUAAAUGUCUUUCUAGCUUGGUCUUUGUUGCUUUCACAUCUAGUUUCUUUACCAUCAUCAUCACCUUCAAGGGAGAAAAUUGUCCAAUACAUACAAGAUUCUGCUUCUUCAACAAUAUUGGAUUGCCUUUUCCAGCAUAUUCCUUUGGAAUUUUGUGCACCUUCAGCUGUGAAAAAGAAGGAUUUAGAACUUCCUGCUUCAGUAUCAGAAGCAGCUAGAGCUGCAACACGUGCCAUCACUUGCAGUUCAGCUCUUUUUGCUCUUGAAUCACUUUGGCCUGUUGGACCAGAGAAAAUUGCUAUGCUUGCUGGUGCAAUAUUUGGUCUCAUUCUUCAAACUCUUCCAGCAUAUGUUCGUGGGUGGUUUGGUGAUAUACGUGAUCGCUCUACAUCUUCUGCAGUUGAAUUCUUUACCAAAUCAUAUUGUAGCCCACCUCUCAUUGCAAAUGAACUCUCUCUGAUCAAGAAAGCAAAAUUUGUUGAUGAGAAUUUCUCGGUCAGUGUUAGCAAAUCUGCCAAUGAAAUUGUGGCUACCUAUACAAAGGAUGAAACAGGAAUGGACCUUGUAAUUCGUCUUCCUGCGUCUUAUCCUUUGCGAUCUGUUGAUGUAGAUUGCACUAGGAGCCUUGGUAUUAGUGAAGUGAAGAAGAGAAAGUGGUUGAUGUCGAUGAUGUCAUUUGUUCGUAAUCAGAAUGGAGCCUUAGCAGAGGCAAUACAGAUAUGGAAGAGCAACUUUGACAAGGAAUUCGAAGGCGUAGAAGAAUGUCCCAUAUGUUACAGCGUUAUCCACACCUCCAACCAUAGCCUCCCGCGCCUAGCUUGCAAGACCUGCAAGCACAAGUUUCACUCGGCUUGCCUCUACAAGUGGUUCUCAACUUCUCACAAGUCAACGUGCCCGCUGUGCCAAUCACCAUUUUAAUUUUGUCAUUUAAACCGGAGCGCUACAUUUUCAAGAUGGUAGCUGACAGAUUUUGUGCCAUGCCUGCACUAACUUGAUUGGCUAUGGAUGUUAAGGUUUGUGUCCCUUGUAUGUGGCUGACCAACUAAAGCACUUGACAGGUAAAGAUGCGCCAUGGACAUACAUGCACGAGAACCAAGUUGAAUCACUCUGAUCUUGGCACUCUGUCAAAAUGGGAAGAAGGAUAGCUGAGAGGGUUUAAAGAUCAUAGAUUUCGACUUAUUUUGAAGUUUUACUCCAGGCACUUCCAUGGCUGACUUACGGGUCAAGGCUUUAAAGUUUUGAUGAUUAACUCUGUUUUUACAUAAAUACUGUGUAGAUAUGCCCUUUGUUAUGGUCGUAUAACUACCAAUGAAGACGAUGCAUAUGCUAUUUGGAUUGAUUCAAGCAUUUAGAUUCACUUCUCUAAUUUUAUAAACAUUCUAGUAUACACUCAUUUAUAAUAACUCAUAUGUUUUAAUAGUAAUCAAAUUGGUUGGAUAAUUGCAAA